CUGCCAAGUGCAGAGCACCACAGGCAGGAUGGGGAAGAAGAAGCGGAGGGAAGAUGGCGUGGAGGAGACCAAGAUCGCGCGCAUCUACUGCUACUACUGUGAGAGAGUUUUCGAUGACGAGAAAGUCUUGAUCAUGCACCAGAAGGCGCGCCAUUUUAAGUGCAACUACUGCAACAAGAAGCUCUCGACGGCCAGUGGCAUGGUCGUCCACGUUGCUCAAGUGCACCACGAGACAAUUCUGCAUGUGCCAAACGCGAAACCUGGUAAAGAGUCCGUCGACGUGGAGGUGUAUGGCAUGGAAGGGGUACCCGGUUACAACACGGCCAAGACGGCGACUGGGCCGACCAACAUCAUGGACGACCCUGUCAAGCGUAUGCGUGUCGAGGGCGGCAUGCUGCAUGCACCACCUCAACCGAUGAUCACACCACAACUAAUGCAUGCGCCUACUGUUCCACCGGCGAUGAUGUAUCCGCCGCGACCACCGAUGAUGCACAUGGCCGCACCAACAGGCUACCCAUUUGGUGUUGUUCCUCAAGGAGUCGUCGGCGCUCCUCCGCCACGCCCUCCGCCACCUCCACAUCUACUUCGGCCUCCAUUUCCACCGCCCCCUGGUUUUGCUCCUGCAGGCGCGCCGCCGAUGACGCCAUUCCCCCCAGGCAUGCGACCACCGCCUAUGAUUCCGUUCGCGCCCGGUAUGGCACCGCCUCCUCUCGCUCCAACAGCAGUCGUUUCUCCCGUGGUCCCACCGAGCGCUCCUUCGCUGCAACCUCCCGUGACUGUCGAGCCUGUUGUGGCGCCAUCCAGCGACUCCCUUGACCAGCCGCUUGCGUUCACGCUUGCCGCACCGCAACCUGGCAUUGUCCUCAUCUACCCCGAAGAUGACAUCUCCAUGGAAGAGAAGCGGGCGCAUUUGGUUAAAUACCGCGUUCAGCAUGCCGUCAAGUAGAAGCCCCAUUUCCCUCUAUUUCAAUCCAACACGAUAGUUCCACAGCUACUUGUCCAGCAACUACAACCUCCUUUGUGCAACUUCACAUCCGCUUCCUUCACGUACGGCUGCAUUUUGUCCAUCAUUACACUUCCC